GUGGUCUUCUUCUAUCCAUUGUGGUCUUCUUCUAUCCAUUGUGGUCUUCUUCUAUCCAUUGUGGUCUUCUUCUAUCCAUUGUGGUCUUCUAUCCAUUGUGGUCUUCUUCUAUCCAUUGUGGUCUUCUAUCCAUUGUGGUCUUCUAUCCAUUGUGGUCUUCUAUCCAUUGUGGUCUUCUUCUAUCCAUUGUGGUCUUCUUCUAUCCAUUGUGGUCUUCUUCUAUCCAUUGUGGUCUUCUUCUAUCCAUUGUGGUCUUCUAUCCAUUGUGGUCUUCUUCUAUCCAUUGUGGUCUUCUUCUAUCCAUUGUGGUCUUCUAUCCAUUGUGGUCUUCUAUUCGUUGUGGUCUUCUAUCCAUUGUGGUCUUCUUCUAUCCAUUGUGGUCUUCUUCUAUCCAUUGUGGUCUUCUUUCCAUUGUGGUCUUCCUCUAUCCAUUGUGGUCUUCCUCUAUCCAUUGUGGUCUUCCUCUAUCCAUUGAGGUCUUCAGGUGGAGGGUUGGAAGGAGGGACCAGGCAGGGUCAGGGGGUAGGGCUGAUGACAGGGGCCGUAGUGGAUCACAGUGGAGUGACCCCUCCCCAUAGAGGAGGAGAAAGACACGAGGGACACAGACGACAUCACAGGCGGAAGCUGUACUCACCUGCACAGGUUUGUGCACAGGAGAGUCAGUGGUUGGACAGUGUAUCUCUGCUGAUAAAGGACUCAUUUGAAGGAGAGAUGCUGAUGAUUGACAACCUCUCUGGGUCUGUCUUCCAUCACUACUCCUCUACCUCUUCUCCUGUCUGGAAGGACUACAAGGGGAAUCUGCAAGAGAUCCGAUUGGCUGAGGUGGAGCAGGCGUCUCUGAUGUCAGAGCAGUUGUCUGACAAGUCGUCAUCACUGGCCCUUCCUGAUGAUCUUAGUCUGGACGACCACAGUGACUACCAGCUCCUGGUCAGGGACGGCAAGGAGGAGAGAGGGAGCAGUGACUCCCACAGUUCUGAGGAAUUGAGGGGGAUUCAGGCUGGGUGUGGAGGGCGUUGGGGGCACGGAGGUUCUCGACCCCACAGCAGAGGCCCUGAAGAUGGGGUAGGAUUCCUGCUAGAGGUGGGUUCCCAGCCCCAGUUCCAGAGCCAGUCUCUCCAGUUCCUCCACCACAACAGAGAUGAUGAUGGCCAUCACAGUGACCAGGUUGGCAGUGUCGGAUGUAGAGGUUCCUCCUCUCCUCUCUUCCAUCUCCCUGUGGAGUUCUUUCACCCCGCCACAGCCACAGCGGUCCCCCCACCCAUCCACAGGACGGGGGUAGACCCAGGGGGGAGAGAGGCAUCCAGGCUGCCUUCCCCAGCCUCCUGGUCCUCUCUGCGCUCCCCAGGGGCCAACAGCAGUGUCCUAGACUCCCCAGGGGCCAACAGCAGAGUCCUAGACUCCCAAGGGGCCAAAAGCAGGGUCCUAGACUCCUCAGGGGCCAACAGUAGGGUCCUAGUUUCCCAGGUAAGAGGUUAUGGGGUCAUAUUGGUAGAGGGAGUAUUCAUGUAGUGAAAUGUACACUGGGUGUACAAAAUAUUAAGAACACCUUCCUAAUAUUGAGUUGCCCCUCCCAGGUGUGUCAGGUUGGCUGUAUGUCCUUUGGGUGGUGGACCAUUCUUGAUACACACAAAUCAAAUAAAAAUUG